AUGUCCUCAUCGUCACCACCAACAACAACAACAACUACAAAACACAUUGCCAUUUUAGUCUUACAAUCCUACAUUCCAAAUGUCACUGAUAAACAUGGUGAUUUUGGAGAUAAUAUAAUUGAUCUUUUGAAUCGUGCCCAAAUCAACUAUCCUAUGAUUAAAUAUCAACUUUGUACUGAUGACGAAGCACAAUUAUCUCAAGCAUAUCAACAAUUAAACCACAAUCUUUCGGCAAAUCUAAUUACUGGGGUUGUUUUGAGUGGGUCGAAAAGUGACGCCUUUGAUAACUCAAAAUUAUGGAUCAACAAAUUAGAUGAAUUUAUUGUGGAAACAUUAUUUAAAUUAUCAACAAAAUUACCUAUUGUGGGAAUUUGUUUUGGUCAUCAGAUAUUGGCCAAAAAUUUAGGUUGUAAAAUUGGUAGAAAUGAAUUAGGUUGGGAAGCAGGAACCCAUACUAUUGAAUUGAAUCAAGAAAUUUUCAAAAUAGAAAACACUCCAUUUUUACCGGCUUUAUUAUCGCCAAAGGAUAACAGUAAUAACAAUAACGACGACAAUCCUGAAAAUCAAGUAUUAUUAGAUCAUUUGAAUUUAGUUGAGUCUCAUCAAGAUAUAAUCCAUGGAUUGCCAACAAUUACUGGAUUUGAAGACAUGGUGAGUAUUGGAUCAACUGUGAAAUGUAAUAUUCAAGGAAUGAUAACCACCAAAACUUGUCCUAUACGAUUAUUGACUUUCCAAGGUCAUCCAGAAUUUACUACCCCAAUAGAAUUGGAUAUUUUAAAGAACUCUUUUGAACAUGGUGUAUUUAAUGAACAAGAAUAUGAAAAAUUUAAAUACCAAACUAAUAGUUUAAAUAAUCAAGGUGAUUUAAUUGGUAAAGUGAUUGCAAAAUUUUUAUUAACUUAA